GCUGACUUUAUUUAUAAUUUAUCACCUUGAGGCUUCAACAACGGGUGGGUUACCACUGGCAACUGGCCAUAUAACUGCCACAAAAGCGCCCCCUAUAGUCCAUCUGUAUUGCUUCUCAGAAAGGAAGCAGUAAUCAGACCGCAACUGAACUAAACGAAAGAGGGUAUAUAUAUGUGUGUACUCAGGAACAAACCGGUUGGUUGUUACGCAGGCGUUCUUACGAUCGUAGGGGACCAAGUUUUUCUUACGGUGUGGAGUGUCUGUCGCGAAACAUUCCUGCUACGGGGAUUACAGGCUUUACAACAACAACAAGUACUGAAGUACCGGUAGCACGAUGAAGGAUUUGGGUUUGGUUGCGCAAGCUAAGGAUGACGCAGAUAGUAGCAGUAGUAAUAAAGAGAAGAGAAUCUUCUGCGCAGGCCUGUUAUGCCUGGAUAUCAUUAGCAUCUGCAAGGAGUUCCCACAGGAAGAUAGUGACCAGAGGUGUAUAGAGCGAUUUUGGCAGCGAGGUGGGAAUGCCUCCAACAACACAACUGUUCUCUCCAUCCUAGGAGUGCCCUGCGAAUUCUUUGGCACGAUAGCCAAGAGUCACGAAGUACUGUUUUUUACCAGUGAUUUUGAGAAGAAUGGGAUUCACAUAGAGAAUUGUGUGUACCAUGCCAACCAUUCAUGUUCCACGUCCUUUGUCAUUAUUAAUGUCCAAAACGGAUCGCGCACUAUCAUCAACUCCAACAAAAGCUUGCCCGAUCUCACAUUCCAAGACUUCAAAACCAAAGUCGACCUCAACUCCGGCCUCUACAAAUGGAUGCAUUUUGAGGGUCGCCCUGCAGCUGCUGAAAUAAAGAAGAUGCUGGCCUAUGUUGACGAUUACAAUGCCUCUGUGGGCGAGAGCAAGCGCAUUACGACUUCUGUGGAGCUGGAGAAACCAAGACCACAGCUCGGAAUGCUGUUCAACACUGCUGACUACGUGUUUGUCAGUAAGGACUAUGCCAGACACCAUGGGUACGACAACAAAGAAGAUGCACUGAACGCCUUCUUCACCAGGAUAAGACCAGGAGCAACUCUUAUCCUUCCAUGGGGGGAACAUGGCGCUGUGGCCAUGAAGAAAGAAGGGGAGAUAAUCUACACACCAGCAUUUCCCCCAGAAAGCAUUGUGGAUACGCUUGGCGCCGGCGAUACAUUCAUCGCCUCCACAAUUUACAACAUCAGCAAUGGGAUUGGACUUCGAGAGGCCAUCACGUUUGGAUGUAAAUUAGCAGGCGCCAAAGUCGGUAUGAAUGGUUUUAUGGGGCUGAAGAAAAAAUUGGAAGCCAUGAGAGCCAACAGCGCAAAUUGUUCUGGCGCCGCAGCGAACAAGUCUGUUGUAGAUGUUGAGAGUACGCAAAUAGAAGCUCCCAUCUAAAGUUCUGCUUGCUCUGUUAUAUCGAGAUUCAAUGUACAUUUUAUGCACUGACCUUAAACUGACCAGUUUAUUGUGUUCCUCAAUUCUUCAACCUUUUCAACUGCCUCUGUAAGCAUUAUUUUGAAACAUUCUGAGAAGAACUAUGGGGUAUAAAGAAGUAAGUUUUAUGAAGCUUGCAUCUUUAAUGACAUUAACAAAUCAUUUCUAGCAUCAUUUCUAUUAUCAUUGUAAGCAAAAAUUCCCGAUGAGAAAAAGUGCUUUAGCGGUUCGAUUUACGGCAUAUUGUUAUCAUUUUUUUUGUUUCAUUAUAUUAGGCGAGACCAAUUUUAAUUUGUGUUUUACACGCAUACAGAAUCUAAUGAGUGGGAUAAGAAUUAAAUUGAAAAUCUGCUUUUCGAUUGUCCAGCUUUUCAAGGAUUUCAGAUCACAUAAAUAUGACACUUGGAUGAUUUUUCACUAUUAUUUUAAGUUUAAUCCUUCUGACAAUAUUGAAAAGAGAUUCGUUCUGUGUGUAAAAAAAUUUAAAUCGGUGUGGCCUUAACCACUAAUUUCCUCAUGUAGAUUUUUUUUUUCUCAUUUUUUCCAUGUUUUUCGUAUAUAUUAGCAUAUAUUUUUC